UGAGGCCUGGAGGCAAACAGCAACUGGGGGCCUGACCUGGGAGAUGUGCCCCAGCCCAGUGGAGAUGCCUGCGGGGCAGGCACCCCAGACACCCGUUGGUGGCUGAAUUUACCCUGUCUUCAUUUGGGGGCUCCACCCUGACCCUGAGGUCUCAGUGGGAAGGGGCAGGGGGCAGCCCUGAAGCAGGAUGGGGGGGCCCAUAGGCCAGGUGGGCUACCUAUGCGCUAACCAUACUCCCCUUCCAGGUGCUGUGAGGAUGGACAUGGGCUCAUCGGAGGUGCAGGCGUGAUGUCGGCCCAGGAGCUCGUGGCCUGCCUCUGUCGAGAGGGUGACCAGCACUUGGCCCUGGGGGAGACCCCGCUGGCCACCGCCUUCUAUCUGGCUGCCUUCAGCUGCCACGCUCCCUCGGCCCUGCGGAGCGUCCGAGCCGCCCUGCCCGAGACCCGAGGGUCAUCUGUGGUGGCCACCCUAGAGGCCUGGUGCCGAGGUGACAGCCAGAUCCCAGCCAUCCACUGGGACGGCAUGGCGGUGGUCUCCCUGACAGGGACCCUGGCCUGCGCCUUCCUGGCCACCCUCUGCCCCGACCACCCUCUUGCGGCCCUGCACUCCCUGGCUGGCCUGCUAGCACACGGGCACCAUGGGGAAGUGGUGCGGCGCUGUGGGGUCCUGCUGGACGCCCACUCCCAGCAGAGCCUGGAGUUGUGGCUGACCCGUGCCCUGGCCUGGGUCCUGUCCAGAACACAGGUGCACACCGGGGUGGCCGACUACCUCCAGGCCUUCAUGGAGAGCGCCGACCGGACCGUGGCCUUCGUUCACACGCAUCAGCAGCCCUACCUCCCUGCUCUGGUCAGAGCCCUCCAGGACUACAUCUCAGACCAUCAGGAGGCUGGGGACAGUGCCAGCCAACAGGUGAACAACUGCCAGGGACUCCUUGCAGCCCUGGACCCUGAGGGCAUCUGGAGCAUCACCCUGUCACCUGAAGCCCUGCUCCAGCAUGGCAGGUAUGAGGACUGCCGGGCAGCCUGCAGCCGGGCCCUGGAGGCCACCCCAACGGGUUGCAGACCCCAAGGUGAGCGUCUGGCCACCCUGUUGGUCACCCGCGCUGCAGCGACCUUUUUCCUAGACAGCGGGGCCCAAGACCUGCUUCAGGACCUGCACCGGGCCUUCCGCGAGAGCCCCUCGGGGGCUCGGAGGCAGUUCGAGGCCGUGCUCUCCGCCGGGGACCGGGAGCGCUUGCACGCCCAAGUGCAGGAGGCUGCGGACCUGGGCUUCUCCCACUUCCAGGAGACCGUGCGGAGUCGCCCCGAGCUCCGCGAGGACUCUGGCCGUGAGCUGCUGGUUCCGGUGACCCGCGCGCUCCGGGUCCUGUGUCGAGUCGCCCCGCCCGGGGCGCGCCCGGCACUGGGCGCCCGACUGGCCGAGUGCCUGCUGCUGGCAGGGGACGCGGCGGGCGCCCGCGCGCUGUGCGAGCGCUUGCUGCGGCCCUCGUGCACCGGGGACCGUGCCGGGGACCGCGCGCCCCUGAUGGCGCUGCGCGGCUUCUGCGCGCUACACUCUGGCGAUUCAGGGAGCGCCCAGGAGGACUUCCAGGCGGUGGUGGAGCUAGGACCGCCGCACCUGAGCGGCUGCGUGCGUGCCCUGUGCGGCCGCGGGCUGCUGCGAGUGCUGGCGGGCAGCGCCUUCCUGGGUGCACUGGACUAUGUUACCGCCUGCCGCCUAGGCCCCGAGGAAACUCUGCUCGUCACCAAGACCUACGUGCCCUGGAACCAACGGGGGCUGCUGCUGACCGUGCUGCGCGAGGAGGGCCGCAAGAUGCUGCAGGGGAGGCCAGAGCCACGACCCAAGAGCUGGCGGGGCCGCCGGACUAAGGCCGCGGAGACAGACAGCCCCGCUGUGCAGGAAGGGGAUGCCCACGGCGUGCACCAGCUGGCCACGCUCCUGAUGGAACUGGACACGGAGGAUGAGUCUUCACGCCUCCUGGCAGCUGACGCCUUGUAUCGCCUGGGCCGCCUGGACGACGCCCACAAGGCCCUGCUGGCGGCCCUCUCCCGGAGGCCUCAGGCGGCCCCUGUGUUGGCGCGGCUGGCCCUGCUGCAGCUCCGGAGGGGAUUCUCCUACGAUGCCAACCAGCUGGUGAAGAAGGUGGUCCAGUCCGGGGACACGGCCUGCCUCCAGUCCACCCUGGCCGUUUUCUGUCACGAGGACCGGCAGCUGCUCUGGGGCCACUGCCACGCGAGGGCCCUGGCCAUCCUGCGGGCACGACCGGGAGGGGCCGAGGGCGGGGCCCACACCAGGGAGGCCAUCGCCUACCUCUCUCUGGCCAUCUUUGCCUCAGGAAAUCAGGCCACUGAGUCCCUGCUUGCCCGAGCCCGCUGUUAUGGCUUCCUGGGCCAGAAGAAGACGGCCAUGUUCGACUUCACCUCGGUGCUGAGGACUGAGCCGGGGAACGCACAGGCGCUGUGCGGCCGGGCACUCCUGCACCUGGCCUUGGAUGAGCAGAAGGAGGCUGUGGACGACAUCCUCUCUGCUCUGAGGCUCAGCCCGAGAACUGCAGUUCCCGAAAUUCGCUCUCUGAAGCCGGAGGCCCAGGCCCUCAUCACCCAGAGCCUCUCCUCCCGCUGCCGGGCCCUCCUGAGUCAGCUGCCAGACACAGGGGCCCGCCUCGGUGACAAGGACGCCCAGAACCUCCUGGCUGCGGGGAAGGCACUGAUUGAAAUUGAUGCCAGGCAGCCCCUCUGGCACAUGCUCCUGGCAGAUGCGCUCGCUGCGGUGGGCAGCUUUGAGGAGGCCGGUGCCCAUCUGCAAAAAGUCCUGCACCCCACCCCUCCAUCAGAGGCAGCCCGCGCCCGACGUGGGCUGCUCCGGCUCAAGAAGGGGGAUGUGGUGGCCGCUGCACAGGACCUGCAGUGCCUUGCAGAGAUGGAUGCCCAGGACCUCGGCUUCCUGCUGUGUCUCCUGGAGGCUUCGGAGCGGCAGAGCCUCACCCAGGUCGCAGUCCAGGAAGCUAACACUCUCCUGAACUUGGGACAGCCCCGCCAGGCGCUGGGCUACUGCUCGCUGGCCGUCCUGGCGGGCGGCAGCAGCACCUGUCACCUGCGCCGUCGGGCCACUUGCCUGGCCAAGCUGCGGGAGUUUAGCCGAGCACUUGGGGACCUAGACCACGUGCUCCGAGAGGGCUCAAGGGACAGCGACCUCCAGACACAGGUGGAGGACUUUUGCUCCCGGGGCCGCCUGCUGCUGGGUCUGGGGGAUGAGGCUGGGGCUGCGGGGGCCUUCUCCCAGGCCCUCCAUCUGGCACCCACCCAGGCCCAGAGCAGCCUGUGGGAGCGGCCAGGCCGGGCUCUAGCCACCCACAUACUCUUGUGCCAGGCACGGUGUUGCCUGGUUGAGCAACGCUACAGCGAGGCCUGGACGGUGGCAGAGGCCGGCCUCCUGUUGGACCCAGAGCACAGUGGCCUGAAGAGGCUGAAGGCAAGAAUCCGGAGGGAGGCGUCCUCUGGCUGCCGGCUCCACUGACCAGCACUCCCCAGGCCCAGCUGUGAGGACACCCUGUCAUCGUCAUUCUUCGACCAGCCCCUGGGGAGGUUGCUUGAGGAGGUGCUCCCCCACCCUCUCCCUCUUCCUAGUCCUGGGUGGGUUGGCAGAUGGCCAGCCUUGGGAAGCAGAGGAGAGAGCUCCCCACCUGCCUGGAGCAACCACCCUAGGAAGCUCAGAGCCUCUUCCCUGAACAGCGACCUGGUCCUCAAAACUGGGGCCCUCUUGGCCCUCUUGGGCCUCAGAGAGAAGUGCUGUUCCUUAUCCCUGGCUUGGGGCCUGCAGGUUGAGUGGGGUUCAGCCUGGCCCCUCAUAGCCCUGGGGAGAUGGUGCCAGCCCAGGAAACCCUUCUCCAGAUGUGGAGCAGCCCUUGACUCUGGCCUGACCUCUGGCCAGGCGUCCUGCAGGGCCUGGAGCCCCUCAAGGGCAAAAAACUCUCAAACUGGGCCCAAAACCUAUGCUUUCAUCAAGGUUGUUCUCCAGGGAAGCCAGCACCUUGGGAGGAUGAUAUGGCCUCCCUUCCCUGCCAAGCAGAGACACCUGCCCCAAGGGGCCUCCAAUGAGCAGAGCAGCCAGGCGUCUACUUGGCAUCCGAUCUCCUGUCGGAUGUAAAGGUGCUUCUUACAUGAUUAAACUUACCCACUCCCACCACAGUUGGCUUGGAAAACUUCUCCUGGAGGAUGUGGAGAAGUCCAGCCCUGGUCCCAUUGCUGUAGGUUUCAAAGAAGCCAGGGGCGAGUUGUGCAGUUUUUCUCUCCCGUUAAUGAACAUAACUGCUGGACAGGCCAUCGAGUAAAGCAAGGGACAGAGGGUGCAUUUGCUCUCCUCCCCCCAGGAUGUCCUGCCCUCAUCUGUCCACUCAAGGCCAGAGCUCAUCACAGUGAGCUUGCAGAUGCCUGACUCACCACAGCUUCCCAGGAGCUGAUGGUCUUGGAAGAGCCCCCAACCAGUCUCCCGCCCCCAGCUCCUCACUGCUGAGCUGGCAGAGACCCCCACCCCAAGUCCUCCCCAUCCACUUCCACAUGGGCUGGGGGUCGUUACCACAUCUGCAGGUCCACGUGAGGCCAUAUCCCAGCCUCCUGCCACGGCGCCCAAGUGGACAAGAACUCACAGGCCCUGGAUGGCCUCCAUCAUGGCAGAAUAAUCAGGUAGUUUCAGUGUAAAUCAGAUUGUCCCCCUAGAACACAGGCUGUACCUUAUUUUCUCAAAAUCUGAGGUUACCAAGAAACGUUUAUGAUGUGGUACAGAGAGCAUUACCUAUUCUCAAGACAAUAAAGAUGUAAAUUGAUGUUUUAAAAUUCCCUGCAGGUGAAACACCUCUUGGAUCCAAAAAGAAAUCAAAACUGGAAUUGGAGAAUAUUGGAAAAAUAGUUAAAAAAAAAAAAAAAAACAGUCCAGGGGAGCCCCUAUGGAUUGCAGUGCCCAGAGGAAAGUUCACGUUCUGAGUGCAUCACUAGCCAAUCAAAAUGAAGUGCAUCCUAAACUUGAGAAGUUUAAAAAGGACAGUGAAAUGGAGGAAAUGAACAGGCAGGGAUGAAUAACAGGAAACAAGUUAAUGAAUUCGGAAUACAAAAGGGAAAUAACUCAAAAAUCCAAAAUACAGUUCUUUGAAAAUCAAACAGAUGAACCAGUAGCUGACUUAAUCUGGAAAGACAGGAAAGGAACAAAGCCACAAAAUUUUUAGAAGUAAAAACAACACACAGGAAAUUUAAAGAAUCAUAAGACAUCACUUUUCUCACCUCUGUGCAAAUAAAUUUGAAGACCUGGAUAAAAUGUGUUGGUUCCCAGGAAAAUAUUAUUUAACUGAACUGACUCCAGAGUAGAUGUAACAAUUGCACAGGACAAUUAUCACGGAGGGAAAGAGAAGGUGGUUAGGGAGCUUCCCCCAAAACAGCUCCAGUUCCAGAUGGUGUCGGGGAGAUCUGCCAGCCUUUAAAGAACAGUCAGCUCGUAAUUGCUUUAAACUCCUUCGCAGCCAAGGAAAAGAAGAAAAGCUUCCAAGUUCUUUUUUUCUGUUGAAGGAUAGUUGACUUACAAUACUGUGUUAGUUUCUGGGGCUCAGCAAAGAGAUUCCACUACACGUAUAGAUGUAUGUAUAUUCUUUUUUUCUAUCCUUUUCCAUUAUAGUUUUUUAUUACAAAAUACCAAAUAUAGUUCCCUUCCAAGUUUUUUUUUUUUUAGAAAGCAUAAUCUCAACCAAAUGAAAGCCACAAACCCAUUUCAUUUACAAAUUAUCAGUUCAGAAACACUAAAUGAAGCACCAACAAACCUGAAUUCAACAAAAUGUUUGACAGCAACAUACAUGGGAAUGCAAGGGUUUUUCAAAAUCAGGAAAUGUGUUUGUAUAGUUAACCACAGAAAUACUUAAAGUAAGUUCUGUGACCCUACCGGAGGCUGUAUCAGAGGCAUGGGUCAUGAAUGAUAAGUCCUCUCCAACGUGUCACCUCCCUGCGCCCUUGGGUUCCUUCCUCUACGUUACACAGGAGAGGUUCUGGCUUCUCAGCUUCAUUGGCCCACCAGUGAGCAGGACAGUGUGCAGGGCUCUCCAACUCCUCUGUCCCAUGGUGUCCCAGGCAAGAAUACUGGAAUUAUUGCCAUUUCCUCCUCCAGGCAGUCAUCCCAACCCAGGGAUCCAACCCAUGCCUCUUGCAUCUCCUGCUUUGGCAGGCGCAUUCUUCACCGCUGAACCCCAGGGGAGCCCAUAGCCAACACACAAAUUUAGACUCUCUGGCUGGUGCACCUAUGUGAAUGGUGCCAGCCCAGCUCAGUGCUGUGAUCCCUCCACUAUGGUGUGACACCCCUGACCCGUCCCCACAUAAUCCCCAGGAUUCUUGGUGUCAAUUAAUUAUGUCUUGAAAUUGUUUGGAUCUAUUACUGUAAGUUGUUUUAUUCUGGGUUGGACCCUGUACUCGCCCCUACCCUGAGCAUGCAGAGAUUGGAUCCUACUUGUGGGUCUGGGGGCUAACUAUGGACAUCGAGUAGAAUGAGCAGCCUCUUUCUACGUAUCUGGUCCACAGGAGGUUCUCGCAGGGUUUAUAGUGAAAGGGGCUUGUCUCCUUGGACAUGGGAGGGGCUCAGAGGCCCCAGGUGUUCGAGGUUCUCAGCCCCAUCUGAGGCCAACCAGACAUCCCAUUCCUGGUUUCAGGGUCCCAAUCCUUCCCAGUCAGUGCUUGAACUUUCUCCUAAGAAGCUUGGGGAGGCUGUGAAAGUCCCAGCACUGACUGUACUACUCACAGGAGCAGAUGUUGUGUCUGUCUUUCAGCCUUAUCAGCCCCGCACUUGUGAGACAGAAGGGCCUCUCAGGGCUGUGGUGGAGCUGAGCCCAGACCUGAGCUCCUGUCGUCUCCAUGUGAGUGCGCAGGACACCAGGGGCCUUGGGGCCACUCAUCCAUAGCAGCACGCAGCCCUCGCUCCCUGGGCCCAGAUUCAGCUAUCACUUCACAGCCGAGCACGGUGGUAGCUCGGUCACUCCUAAAGCCGCUGCCACGAGUCACGUCUCCCAGGCACUCAGUCCCACGGUCAGGCCCAAGGAUACAAGCAGGCUGGUUCCCAAACUCCAUGUUUGGGGGUGCCUCCUGGGGCCAUUCCUAGUGGCCAAUUCAUGUGUCAUAGGGUCCAUUUAGGAGACAGAAACCACACGAGUGAUUUAAAUAGCAAGAAUUUAAAGAACAGUAGUUAUAAGGCUCUUAAAUGUUAAUUUGUUCACUAACUUGUGUCCGGCACACCAGGCUUCCCUGUCCUCCACUAUUCCCAGAGUUUGCUCAAACUCAUGUCCAUUGAGUCAGUAAUGCUAUCUAACCAUCUCAUCCUCUGCCGCCCCUUUCUCCUUUAGCCUUCAGUCUCCUAGCAUCAGAGAUAAGGGAGUAAAAUAACUAGGGAUCACAAAAGUAGCAGCCUGAGUUCCAAGACAGAUGACUGGCCCCUCCGCAUGGGCUGUCAGCCACCACUGCACCCUUCAGCUCCUCUGCACCUGCCCCUCACCCCCACCCCUGCCAGGUGUUUGCCAACCACACAGCUGUGCCAGGCACCACACAUCUGUCCUCUUGUCUGACUCCAAGACAAAUCAUAUAGAGGAGGGGUCUGAUGUUCCAGUUGUUGGGGCCGGGGGCGGGGCUUGGUGAUGGGAGACCUGGGGCAGAGUCAGACCACCCCGCCCCCUCCUCCUGUCUAGGAUGCCUGCCUCUUGACUCCAGGAGGCAGUGAGCAGGACAGUGUGCAGGGCUCUCCCAGAGACCCAGCUCUCAGCUCAGCUCUCCAACUGCCUCGAAAUACUUAACCUCUUCCAGCCAGCCUGUCUUCUCCAAGCGGGGCAUCUCCCGCCUGCCUGGAGCAUGGGUGGGCAGACACAGGGAAGGUCUGUUUCCCCCCAGGCUGAGGCCCAGAGACAUGCCUGCUGGGGGAUGCUGGGCUUCGGACAGAGGAUAGGAUCUGCCCCAGACCGCCUGGCCCAAGGGCAUGGGGCAGGGAAGGACUGGACCCAGCAGUAAAGGGCAGGUGUCUGCAGGGUCUGAGGGCAGCCCCAGGGCCAGAGGCUACUCCCUGUAGACCUGCCCUGGUCCCAGGACUGAGGAGAGGAGGGGCGCCCCACUCCCUGCCCUCAUGAGGGUGCUGGCUCCUUGGACCCCAGAGCUGAGGUUGGGCUCAGACCUCCACCUCCCACAUCUAUUGCCCAAGAGAUGAGGAGGGGUGGACAGGGAGCCUGCACUGGCCCUUGAGCUCAUCUAGGAGAAAGGACUAAAAUCCACCUUGAGGGGGUUAUGUUCAAGGCAGCUAGGUCACGGCCCAUCCAGGGAUUUGGCUGGGGGUCUGUAGGUCCUUGGCCUGUGGGCCCCCCUUUUUCCAGAUCCUCUUGGAGGGCACCCAGUACCACUAUGCUGGGUUCCCCCAGAACCUGCUGGCCUCAGUGUAGUGCCCACCAGGAGGCAAGGCCAGGCCCCAGGCCCCUUGCUCAUGCAGUUUUUUUCAUUGAUAGAGCUACAGACAAGGAGGAGUCUGAACGGGGCAGCGUGAGUGGGAAAGUGCAGCUGAGCUCAGAGACCAGACAGUCCCUGCAUCCGGGUGGCCUUGGGUCGGGGAGAGGGAACCUCUGGCUGGACAGCACAGAGCCUGGGUCCCCAGAGCCAGCACACUCUGGGAAGGAAUUUGUAGCUGGCAGACUGGACCCUGACCCAGCCCUGGCUCCCGGGAGGGGCAGUUCCAGUUUCUCAGUCUCCUGACCUUGGCCUUGUCCGCAUUCAGACCAGCAGUCUGGGUAGCUCCUUGCUCAGGCUGGGUCCCUGGGCCUUUGUUUGGGGGUCUGCCAGGACAACCAGGGGGCUGAGGCAAGCUCUGCCUGGGGGCUAGGACUGGUUUCUGGAAUCUGAGCCCCUGAAGCAUGGCCCUUCCCCCAGCACAGGGGCCAACCUAAGAGACCACCGGAACGUGGACUGGAACAUUGCAACAGGACCCAGGGUGGAUCUUCUGGUGAGGGGAUGGAGUGAGCAGUUGUUUACCCCAGAUCCCUGGCUCUGUGGCCUGGCCCCAGCCUUGGAUGCUUAUAGAG